CGCAGGGAGAAACUCCGGAGCGGUUCACUUGAAGAGCAGACAGAGACGCGAGCGCAACUCCAGAAAUCAGAAGCUGCCGAAAGCAUAAACACCUCUAAUGUUUUUGAAUUUAAUUGAAGCCAAGAAUCUUUUCUGGACAACAUCUGAAGACCGUCUUCAACUUUGGAAUGUUCCGCUUGAAGGCAAGAUUCCGAAACAUGCCGAUCUUCUACUUUUAAUAAAUAUUUACACUUGGUCUAAAAGGUAAGCGCUUCUGUUCUUGCGCUGCCUCACCCUGACCGAAAGGGUCACCCAGGGGCCUCCUUCCGUCUCCGCCGUCCAGCUCUUAUCCCCAGGCUCCUCUGUUCUCAGUCAGAGAGGAAGUUUUGACAGCCAGACUUUACAACCUCCUCUUCCCCCUGCCUGCGCUCUGCACAUGCUCUGACAGAGACUCCGGUCCGGUGACUUCAUCCCUCAUUCACGAAAGCUUCCCCUCCUUCUCCUUCCCUCUCUCUCCGGCAGCAUGCCAGCCGUUUUCCUCUUGCUGCGCUCUCUGGUUGUCAGUCUCUUCAGUAGCAGAUUAGCAGCUUCUGCCGCGCAGCUCCUUCGCAGAAGCCUGACGGCAGCUGCUGGGCACCUCGGCACCAUCCUGCGCCACAUUUGGGAGCGAAUCAGUUCCCAGGAGUCCAAGGAAGCCAUCCUGGGCUGCGUCUUGUGCAUUCUCAACAUGCACAAGAAGGUGGACAACUAAAUUCGAGAGGAACGAGUAUAGCUUGGACUUUUUAAUUUGUGAUUUAGAACCAUGUCGGAGAGCAUCGUGAGGAAAAUCCAGCCGUUCACCAUCGGGACCAAACUCUCGGCGCCUGCCGUGCCAAAGUGUUCAGAUUUUCCCGAUGGUUUUCUUCCGAAUCGGACGUUCUCCGAUAACUGCAAACUGAGGCACCUGAAUGAACAGGUGUGUCUUUAUCUCGGCCGUGACAGGCACUGUGGACCUGCGGCGAAACAUCGACGCGAAGAGAAGUCCGACGACAACCAGAACCGAAACACAGUCUCGCCACCGAACACUGCGUCCAGAUCCAUCCGUAAGAUCACCAUCUCCAGCCGAAUGGAGGCUGCGAAAGACAGACUGACUCCAGGUUUGGAGCUGAAGAAAAUAAGAGCACACUCAGAGAAUAUUAAUAACAAUAACAACAUCACAUCCUCCAACACGCAGCUGCCUAAAAUAGUGGGGGUCAGCUGUGAGAAUAAACCCAGCUCACAGUUCAAGGUGUUGCUGUGUAAAGAUGGUGAAAAGCAGUGCAGUGGUGACAAAGAGAAAUUCACUUCUUCUCCACAGACCCAGAUACUCAAAACCCAAGCAGGAAAGGAUGUGGUGGAGCGUCUGUCCUGCGAGCACAAGGACGUGUGCUUGGUUUCUAAAGUCUCAUCGGUGCAAAAUGAGCUCAGUUUUACUCAUCAGAACGCCAUCUUCAAUAAGGAAAUCACUCAGGCAGAGACAUGGAUCCGAGUGAAGCUGCGAGACCUGAGGGACGCCAGUAACGUCCACCGAUGUCCUCUGACCGACUGGGAGGAACUCUCUCAAACCCUCCAGAGAGAUUUGAAGGACUUCGAGAACACCUUCAUACAACUCAACCAGAUGGGAGAGCAAUUAAUGUGCAAGCUUAACCCGACGUCUGACCUGGUGAAGAAACAGCUGGCUCAGAUCCGCGACCAAUGGAACGCGCUCAAACAGACGGCAGCCAAUCAAAUCAAGGCGAUGGGCGGGGCAAAGACUCUCCAGGAGUUUAAUAAGAAGGUGGACCGUCUGGAGGCGUGGCUUAAAGAGAAGGAGCAAGAACAAUCACUGGCCAACAUCCUUGGGGAAAACACUGACAAGAUGCAGCUUACCAGGAAGAUACUGGAUUUGAAGCAGGAUGAGCAGCUAUAUCAUAAUCUUCACGAGGAGAUCAAUCAUAUGGCCCUCAGACUGGAAAAACAGGGGAAGACUGAAGGAAAGACCAUCUCAACCCGCAGGAAACACAUCAACAAAAUGUGGCUGAAGGCUCAGUCGCACUUGAAGGAAUAUCAGGAGAAUCUUCAGCUCGCCCUCGAAGUCUCGUCCUUCUACCAGCAGGCCGAUAACAUUGUCUGUUCCAUCAACAACAUGAAAAAAAGCCUCUCACCGAGCAACGGAGUGGAAAACGCCAGAGACGGGGAAAUUCGGGACAUUGCCAGUCAAAUCAUGAUGCUGGAUGUGAACGUUUCCCAGCUCUCCAACCUGCAUCCAUCGCUGGCAGCCCGUGUCGCACAGAAGCAGAGCGAGGUGAAAGACUGCUGGGCCGUUCUCCAGAAGACUCUCAGGAACGACAAGGCAGCUCAGCUCCCCUCCGACUCCUCGUUAACCAGGGACAGCAGUGACCCUGUAACCCCGAGCCAAGAGCUGCCCGGCAGCGUGGGAACAGACCCACACAGGAUUAUGGGAAAGGAGGUUAAAGAGGAACAAAAUCGUCUGAAGGGGUUUACGGCCGGGAGAGAUGCCGAGAGCUACGGGAAGCCCUCAGACAGCAGGGAUGCAGAAGAGAUGGCAGUCCUCAAACUACACACGGCCGCUGAAAGUGGGAACGUGCCAAGGUCCGACUCCAGCAGCCACACACCGCUCCACGUACAACUCCAGAAGUUCACCGUCUCUGCAGACAAGACUCUCUCCUGGCUCAAAGACAGCGUUGCGAUGGCCACUCAGAUCUGCAGUUUGGCCGGACCGAACGGUUUUGAAGCAGCCAAGAGGCGUCAGGCCUCACUGGAACAGGAUAUCCUGUCCAACAGAGCCAGGAUAGAGCUGGUCAAGAAGGAGGGUUACAGUCUGGUGAGGGCUCAGCAUCCGGGCAGCAUCAAGAUCCAGGAGUUUCUGAGUCAGCUGGAGGUUCUGUGGGACGAGCUGAAGAGAAGGCAUGAGAGGAACGGUCUGGUCCUGAAGGUCUCAGAGGAGCUAAAUUAUAGGGUGGUGCAGAUGCUGCAGUCUCUGGCCAGUCUUGAGGCGUGGUUGGAGGCGGUGGAGCUCUCCAUCAGGCAGGCGUCUCUGGCUGGAGACCCCGAGUCCGUGAGCGUGGCAGAGCAAGAGAGCUGCCAGCUGGAGCAAGAGCUGGAGGCCAGACGCCUGGAGCUGCAGAACCUCAGACAGGAAGUAGAUCAUCUGAGCAGUCAUAGACAUCUUCACACUCAGCUGCUUCCUGCACGCCUGAAGGAGGUGGAAAUGAAGUUCAGCAGUGUGCAGAUGGCACUGACCCAGCAGAGCUCAGAGCUGAAGGACACACGGAUGCUCACGGACUUCCUGGAGAAGCUGGAGCUCGAGGAAAGCCACUACAGCACCCUGGGACAGCCGCUGUGUGGUGAGCUUGACUCUGGACCGUCUCUUCUGGGCUUGCCCGUGAGCGGACAUGACCAGCCCCUGAUGGAAGCCAUUGGGAACCCUGUGAAGGAGCUCAGAGAAGCAGUGGAGAUGCUCAAUGACACGGCGCGGGAGAGAGGCCGCUCGCAGUCACAUGACCAGAGCAUCCAGGAGCUGCUCACCAGGCAUGCCAUGGUGUCAGCGCACGUGGAGCAGUGUCUGCAGCGCUGUGCGGAGCUCGCCGUAGAUGUGCUGGAGAUUGAAAGUGAGAUGGCUGUGAGAUGUGAGCCGGAUCGCUGUGGUCUGGAUGACCUGCAGGAGUACCAGGACCAGCUGGAGGCUGAAUAUGGGGUCUUGAAGGAGGAGGUCGAGGCCAUGGUGAGUCUGGCGAGCUGUUUGUCAGACGUGUGUCCGGAGAGGAUGAACGCUGUAGGGACUGAGAUUCAGACCAGCCUGAACGCUUGGGACGAGCUCGGCAAAAGUGUGGCUGAAAACAAGAAGAGACUCCUGCAGUUUGGACACCUGCGCCAUUUCUUUAGGAACUACCUGGCAAUGAUCUCUUGGACAGAAGACACCCGCUCCUGCAUUUUCUCAGAAAGCGCUCUGCGUCAAAGCCGAGAGAACCAGGAGCCUCUGGUUGAGGUUCUGGAUCGGCAGAUAGAGCAGAAGUUCGAGGAGUUCGAUCAGCUCGCCAUGGCUGGAAAAAAACUCUUUGACAACGAGCAUCACCUCAACAAAAUGAUCAGAGAGAGGGUGGAGGAGCUGAGGAGCAUGCUGGGAUGGAUCCUGGUCCACUGGAGGGCUCAGAAGGAUCAGCUGUUGAGCAGACAGAAGACUGAAGAAGCUCAAACUGACGCUAUUUACUCCGAGGCCAUGGUCUGCAGCCCACAAACACAGGUGGAAGCCUCACCCAAGGUCUCUCAGAAGAGAACAAAAAGCAUCACAAGUGCUCCCCCUGGUGACAUGGAGGAUGGUUUGCAGCACAAUUAUGAAUAUGAGGUGAUGCAAAGUGUCAGUCCUAAAGGAAGCAGCGACAGCGGCCAUUUAGAGAGGCCGGAUUCACCGUACCUGGUGCUAAAGGAACCCAGUCCCUCAGCUUUAGGAGGCACCGUCAACCUCAUCCUUAGCUUCAGUAACUCUGGAGACACACAAAUCGAGGUACAGGCACCUGGCAUGGAAGAUGGUGUGCCGGUGUCCGAACCUGUGCACAGGCCUGCUGAGUCUCACUCUUCUGCCUGUAAAAGCUUUUGGAAGCGCUGCCAGGGGCUUUUUGGUAGUUUAAAGCGAAAGACAAAGAUUUAUCGACACAGUGCAGAAGAGGUAAGUACUUACUUGCAUGUUACGGAAAACAACACGUCAGUGUAUGAAAGUAUGGUGCUUCACCAAGACAAAGCUCCAAGGCCUUCCUCCUCCUCUCCGAGGACCCUGUAUAAUCUCUCCUCCCCUUGCACCUCCCCAUACUCCUCGUCCUCCAUCAAAGAGACACUUCAGCAGGCCAACAACCUCCUGCCAAAGAAUGGCAACAUCUCAAUAUUUAGCAGCCUGAAGAGGAAGAGCAAGAAGGCCAGGAAGAAGAAAGAUGACCGUAGACACACCAUUCAGAAGAUCAUGGGAGAGGAUCCGUCAGAGGAGGCUGAUUUGCCACCUGUACGUGAACCGGUGACAUACGAUACACAUACUUGGCCCCUGAAGGAAAGAAAGAAGCGGAAAAAUGCAAGAAAACCAAAAAGCGAUGGAACUCAACUCUUGGACUACAUAAAAAACCCUUUAGUGAAAGACAUAGAUGCAGAAUGUUCUGGAGAGGUUGGAUCUCCAGUUCACAGCACCUCAGAGGUUGCCACCCAAGGACAUGUGAAGAACCACUGCAGAUUUCUGUCCUUGGGCUCUGUGUUAAGCUUUGACCUGCCCAAAGAUAUGAGCCUUAUCCCUAGCAUUCAAGAUGUCAUCGCAAUUGGCCCUCCUGAGCAAAAGAAGAUAGACUCUCAUCACCAGAACACUCAGAUUGAUCGUCCAACAGCUUUGAGCACCUUUAAAACAGUCCGCUCACGUCCAGUGCAAAAGGAAGAGCCCAAACAAAUUUCUCAAGGUGAAGUAACCCUUAAAAUUGAUUGUAAAGACACCAAAAGGAUCAGCAUCGACACGGUUUCUUUUACUGAAGAUAAAUUUCCUCCUCCGCCUUCUCCAUUUGUUGAGGACAUCUCAUUUGAGGAGAAUCAACCCUCAUCAGUCAGUGGUCGGACCAAUAUUCAACAGAAACAUCUAUCUGGGAUCAGUUUAGUGCCCAAAGAAGAGGUGGUUAGUUGGAACGCAAAUGGGACUCAACUUGAGAACAAGGAGAGCCACUAUGUAAGUGUUCCAGAAGAUGCCAUCCAAGGUAUAGCCAACCACAGCUCAAUUAUGGGAGAGAUUCAUGUAUGUCCUAGCGUCCAUACCUUGGUUCACAAUCUUCAUGGACACAUGUUCCAUAGGCCAGCGAAGAACUCCAGCACUCAGCAAUUAAGUCCCAGCCAUGCAUCUCAUGUAGUGUUGAACUUCAGAGCCAAUGGAAGAGAGGACUCAGUGGACUCUGGUCAUUCCAGCUCUGGGAGCUUCAAGUUAUGUGCCGAGGGUCCAUACAUGGACUCCUCAGAUUGUCCAGUGCCCAAGAGGACCAUUGGGAAGGUACCAUCCCUAGAUGCAGGAGUGUCCAACAAUAACUUUGAGUUCUCCAAGGACAAUAGCAUUACCUUAUCUUUCGACAUUGAUGAUCCAGUUCAUCCUGACCAUCAACAGUUUGAGCAGGAAGAGGAGGAGCUGGAGGACAUCUGGAACCACACCAACAGCUACCGAGAGAGUCUGAACUCUGACAUCAUGUAUAAUGGCUACCAGGCAACCUCUUCUCUAGACCAGCACCGGGAACCCUCACCCAAAGAACAAGCAGUGCUCUUCAGGAAGUUGGUCACGGCCUCUGCACCCAACCUUCUUGUGGCGGAGUUCAGACUGCCACCAUAUGUCCAGACUAUGGUCGGUUCUGGGAAGCAGCAGAACCCAAGGGAAGAAAGGCAAAUUCUGGAUAAAGGGGACAGAAGGUCUUGGGCUGCGUUCACUCAACAGGAACAGGUUUACAAACAAGUGACUGUUAAUGAAACGGCUUCAGAUAUCUUGAAACUACCUGAAAUACAGGACCAGCAAAAGUAUAUCUACCAUUAUAGAGAGGAGGAGGAGGAGGAAGGGGAGGAGGAGAAGGAAACAGGUUUUCUGAAGGACCAAUCCUUGAGCCUCCUGUCUGUUCAUAAGGGAUUGAAUGGGAGCAAUGACAAUGAUAUCCAGAGUGGAAGACAAGAACUGGAACUGCCAUCUAUGGAAGGUACACUGGAGAGGAAACACAAACUACAGCUGGGUGGAAAGAAGGCACCAUGCAGGGCGUGGAACUCCUAUCAUGCUGUGCUAUACAAACAAACAAUAUGUUUCUAUCAAGACAGGAAGGACACACUCAUGAGCUGUGUGACCAGCCUUCCUCUGAAUCUAAUUGGAGCGGUGUGUGAACCAUCGCCAGAGUACACCAAAAAACCCAACUGCUUCUCCUUGAGAUUGCGGGAUGGAUCGGAGUAUCUCCUCAGUGCACCGUCCCGAUUCAUGAUGAAGAAAUGGAUCCUCAGAAUCCAAGCACACACUGCGUCUAUUGAUUCUGUAGUGAACAGAUCAACAUGUCAUGGGUCUUCAGCUUCAGCGACGCUCCCUAGACAUUCUCCUGCUAUCACUGGCUGUCAGUGUGGAGAUAAAUGUCACUGCUUCAUGAGAAAUUAUGUCACCACCACUGUUUUAGCACAGAGUCAGCCCACCUCAGGCCGAACCAAAGAGAUCAUAGUUCACACCAGCGAGGCUCUGCAGAUCCAUCAAAGGCAUCAGGAUCUGUUGCACCCUUCGUUUUCAGAUGCGGGACAUCGUGAGGAUGAGUUCGACUCUCAUGGCGAGUCUCUGAGACAGAAACCAUCCUCUAUGUCCACUGUUCAGGGCUGGACCAGCGAAAAGAGACGCUCACACUCCUUUACCUCAGCCACAUAUCAGAGGAUCAAGCCUGUAGCGCCUCCUUCAGGCAGAGGCCAGGACAGCAGCUCCAGCUACUCAGUGACUCUCUUCAUCAGAGAUGGUGAGAUGCCAUCAGUCUGUAAAAGCACAGCGACAGCCUCAUCAAACACCGAUCUGCCCAUGAGGAGCUACAUGAGCCUCCCACGACCCCCCAACAAAUCCGUCUUCAGGAAGUUCUUUGGGAAAAAGGAGUGAUGGACACUUUCUGUGACACUGCAGGUCAAAGACCCUGACUGACACAUGUGCAGGACACAAGUUCAAAACAUUUCUCUUACAUUUAUUUAUGGAUCUGAUGGAGAACCAUUUGUGUAUAGUUUUUUGAAUGAGAUCUUGUAUGAUUGUGUUGCUUCAAGAUGUGUAAUGUUCACUCCUACUUCUUCUCACUUCAUCAGCCGUUUUGAUAUCGGCUCAUGGACGGUUCAGUUAAUCAUUUACUCACCCUCAUGUUGUUGUUCCUAACCCAUAUGACUCUUUCUUUAAUGGAACAUUGUGCAUUUAGCUGCACUUUUAUCCAAAACAAAUUACAAGGAGGAACAAAAAUUUGCAACGCUAGCAGGUUUUUUAGACUAUUCAGUAGCAAGCUAGAGAAGAGAAGAAACGCAGAGAUAUGAAAUAAUUGAAGUCUGUCAAGCUCCAAAAAGACAAAAGCACAACACAUACUGCAUUAUAACAGUUAUGCUUAUGACUCAUCCACUAUAUUUCAAAUUGCUCUGAAGUCAUAAAACCGCUUUGUGUGAGAAACAGACCCAAAUUAAAUUUUUUACUCCCUACCCAAACAUUUUAAUAUGAAAGUCCAAAAAUCUCACUUGAUUGAGGGCUGUUGGCUGAAUGUUAAUGCAUUAUAAACUAGCUAUAUUAUAUUGGUAUAUUCAAUUUUGCAUUAAAUUAUAUUAUAUAAUAUUAGUGUAUUAAAUCCAACUAAAAGAUUUUAUCUUUGCCAUUUUCCCGCUUUUUUUUUUUUAGAUAAGACUGAUAAAACUGGGACUCGAACUCAGGACGUCUGAUGACAGCAUGAUAUCCCAUUUAUCAAAUAAAUAAAAAAAUCACUAAAAUCAAUUCAUUAAUUUUUUUUUUUUUACAAAUCUUAGAAAAAUUCACUUUUCAGUGCAAAAAAAAAUAUUAUAUAUAUAUAUAUAUAUAUAUAUAUAUAUAUAUAUAAAUGCUAAAACAAAAAUAUAAAUUAGAAAUAAAAUCCUCUCAUGAUAAAUGGCAUGACGGGUCAAUUUAGGGCAUUUUUGCACUCUGCAAAUCUUCCCUUGGUGCUUUCUUGUCAUUUUGGAGCACAAUUAACCCAGUCCCCUUUUGUUACAUAAAACGUGUUUCCAAUUGUUCUGGAGGGUCACUUUGUUGCACAGACUUGAGUGUAAUGACUUAGGCUUGUAUCAAAACUCUGAAUAAAAGUGGCUGUCAAUGAAAAGUAUUAGACAGAAUAUAGUUCAAACUAUAAAAAACACUAGAAAAUAGGAACAUCAUGAGGGUGAGAAAUAAUCGGUUCACACUAAACAUAAUUACUAUAUUAUAUUCUAUCAAAACUUUAUAGUUAAAGGUGUGAACUUUCAUUUAUGGAUGACCUCUUCCUUCAACCUCAACAUUUUCCCGUGCUGAGAUGUCUUGAGAUGUCUUUAUUUGCCAGAUUUGUUUCAUGUGUAUAAAUGAGUGCAGUUUGCUGUGGAUGUGAUGACAGCUGUAAAAUACUGCCAUACUGAAUCUACUGAUAUGAUACUUUCGAUAGCUAAUGUGUUCAGUGUUCCUACCACAUUCCACUUGAGGUGGUUUUCAGUUCAUUGAUGUUCUGUUUUUGGUGUGGAUUGCAGUUUCUCUGAGGUUUUGGCACAUAUUAUUUCUCAGCUUGUCAUGUUUCUCUGCAUCUGCUGGUGUGAGUUCUGUGUGGACUUAUAGGGUUCAUUCAACCAAAAAUGAAAGGUCUGUCAUCAUUUAUUUACUUGAGGGUGAGUAAAUGUUGUCAGUAAUGAACAUUUUUGGCCAACUGUACCUUAAACAUGUUGUUUUUCUUUCUAAACUAAACAUUUGAUUCACAUAUACUCUAGCGUUGCCUUCUGUAUUUAAACUAAUGCAGUGUGUCAGGAGAAGAUGUUUUUUACUGUCUGGGUCAUGCAUGAUCUUUUGAGAUUGGUUGCACGAAUGUCUAUGAUCAUUUUUAAACAAUUUAAGAAUGUAAUGCAUUAUUUGAGAUAUUUUACAUGUGGAAAUAUGUUCAGAUUGUAAAGAAUUACAUUUUGUCUUGAAAAUAAUGCAUUCAAAAGCAUUGUAAGAAAAUAAGGUCAUUACAGUUUGAAUGAGAACAAUGAG